AUGAAUAAAAUUCUUAAAAAGGGAAACAAGUUAGUAGAAACCAUCCAGAAGACAGUUCCAAUGGAGAAGUUGGUUGGACUGCAGGAUUUCUACCUAAUGAAGCAAAGAACACAAUUUGCCAUUAGAGAUGUCCAGGCAUACCACAUCAAGAACACUAACAUGGUGUUCGUUCUGGGGUCAUUAGACUUAGCCGAGAGAACAGCAAAACAAGCCGCUGAAAAGAGAAAGGCAAGACUCCAAGCACAGCAAAUACAAGAAGAGGCCCAAGUAAGUGAAGAGGAAGAGAAUGUCGAAGAGCAGGAAGAAGAGAAAGCAGAAGAAGAGAAGGACAUGGCUGAGAACAUAACAGAAGAAGACAUUAAAGUAGUAAUGGAGCAAGGGGGAGUAUCACGCGAAGAGUCCAUUAGAUUAUUAAAGGAGAACGGAGGAGACCCACUUUCCAUCCUGAUGUCACUUGGAAAAUAA